AUGACGUGUUGGAAGGUAGACCAAGAGGUCCGAGCACAUGAGGGUCAAGGCCCAGAACGUGGCAAGAUAUCGCGACAUCAAGACAUUACCGGUACAGACCUCAUCGUCACCUACCACUCGGACUUGGGCCAAUGCGAGAUCCUGCCAACCGGCUCCCGCUACACAAGCGCGGGAAACUUCAAGACCGGGACCUUCCUACCAUUCAUCCAACCCGCUUUUAUUGAAGAGCUCUACCCGCGCCUCCUGAGUACCGAAGACGAAGACGGCUCGGGACUUCCGGUGAUACUCUCCAUGUUCAACACCGAAGCGAAAAUAGCAACCCUGGAAGAAGAUUGGGAAGGGAAAUGGUUCAGCAUCGUCGCCCGACUUUUCCCAAACAAACUCACAUUCCAAGGCGUAGGAUUCAGCGGGUGGGAGACAGACGAAUCGCAGUCUGUACAGGUGGCACUGGCACUGCCGCGCGAUGACGGCUUGACUCCUGUCAUCCCCCGCCAGCUCGGUGGUCCCGACCAGACAGCUCCUUGGCCAAGCACUUCAGCACAUGUGUCCUUUGCCGGCCCCGUCGAGCUAGAUACCUUCCAUAUCAAGCAAGGAGUCUGGCCGGAGCCGCUGGUCAAGACUUUGGUGUUCGCCAAACUCGGGUCUUACUUGCAGCCAGAGAACGACCGCCCUCCUCGCGAGGGCAUACACAUAUGCCACGUCCUCGUUCUCUUCCCCGUCGACCAGCAACCCUGGAAGUCUCUGGCCGGACCGCGACUGAUCCAAGGCUCUCGGAAAGUCGAUCCUACUGUUCGAAUUCUGGUGAUUCUCGCCGACAAUUGGGAACUCAUUCGGCAGAAUUCCCCGUCAACCAACAAUACGCCCACGCCGAAAUCAUCGGACCCUGUCGGCAACUUGCCAACGACACCACGAUCGGCUGGCCCCGGAGCAGUCGCAAGCAGAAACCCGUUCUCUUCACUAGGCCGUGCUCAAAAUCCCACUUCCUCGCCUCAGAAUCCAUCUUCCUCGCCUCAGAAUCCAUCUUCCUCGCCUCAGAAUCCAUCUUCCUCGCCUCAGAAUCCAUCUUCCUCGCCGAUUGCCCCAGAAACCGCAGAACGCGAAGCGACCGAACCACCAUCCAGCCCUGGAGCACAGCUAGACUCGAUCACGGCCGAUCCCGAUCAGAUGCCCACAGGUCCAUCCUCAGUCACGAUGGCUUCUUCUUCCGCCUCCAUCGUUUACCCAAUACCCCCACUACCAAACAAGCGAGACCAAGGCGCGACUGGCGGAGACCUCAUCGUCACCUACCAAUCCGACUUGGCCCAAUGCGAGAUCCUGCCAACCGGCUCCCGCUACACAAGCGCAGGAAACUUCAAAGCCGGGACCUUCCUCCCAUUCACCCAACCCUCCUUCAUCCACGACCUCUAUCCGCAGCUCCUUAGCACCGAAGACGAAGAGAGCUCGGGGUUACCGGUAAUACUCUCCAUGUUUAACACAGAACCGAAAGCAACAACACUGGAAGAAGAUUGGGAGAGAAAAUGGUUCACCAUAACCGCCCGACUGUUCCCGAACAAACUUGCCUUCGAAGGCGUAGCAGUCAACGGAUGGGAGACAGACGAUCCCCAAUCCGUAAAAAUUACCCUCGCAAUGCCGCGUGAUGGUGGUUUAACACCGUAUGCACGUUUACCAUGCCAUCACUGA